AUGGCUAAAGGGCAACUCAUCAGAAGCGAAACAAAAAAGUUUAAAAAACCGUUGAACACGCAGACCUUCUCAAUCGAUAUAACUAAAGAUUUAGCGGUUCAGUUGGCUCCAGAAGCCAGAUUCUCUAUAUCGAUCGUGACAGAGAACGGAGAACUUAUCUACGAUUCAUUAGCCGUCAAUGUCGUCGACUAUUUCAUAAACAAAGUUUCACUCACUUUCAGCAAAAACUCAACCGAACCCGGCGAUGAAAAUAUUUCAUUGAACAUUCAAACGUCAAACGAUUCGUUUGUGAGCCUGCUUGCUGUUGACCAGUCCGUCUUGAUGAUGGGAGCCAGUAACGACAUAAACAAAAAUCUUGUGAGUGCAGAUUUGAAGAAAUAUAUAAAAGACGACAACUACUGUUACAACUGCCUUCCAAACAUUCCGAGGUAUUUAGGAUACUCUGACACAAACUCAGUUAUCGACAGCACAGGGUUGUUUGUCAUGACGAACUUCUACCGCUGGGAGCCACCACCUCCGCCUACUUGGAUUCCAUGGUUUCCAUUCCCAAUGCCUGAUUAUGAAGAAGGGAUGGUAAUGCCGAUGAUGGAAGAACAAGUCCCAGUCACUGAAGCAAUGAUGAUGCCAACAAUGUUGGCUGAAGCAAUUCCCCAACCGACUGAGAGUGCGAAAAGUGAGGUAGCAGCCCCCGCGGCACCCCCGCCAGUUGUUGUCAGGCAGGAAUUUCCGGAAACUUGGAUUUGGACUGAUGUUCAAUCAAAUAAGAAUGGAAGUUAUACAUUGAACGUCAAAGUGCCUGACACUAUCACAUCUUGGGUGGCCACUGGAUUCUCAGUGAAUAAAAUUGCUGGUCUUGGAUUAUCCGAAACACCUGCAAAAAUAACAGUUCUGAAACCGUUUUUCAUUUCGCUGGAACUUCCGUAUUCAAUUGUGAGAGGUGAAGAAUUCGCACUGCAGGCAGCAGUGUCAAAUUACAUGGGAAUGGAUUUAGAGGUUAAAGUUAAACUAUUGGAAUCCACUUAUUUCAAAGUGAUUGAAUGUGGAAAUAAAACUCUGGUCAAUAAAAAUAUCACAAAAACAAUUAAAGUUGUGAACAACGAUGUAUCUUCAGCGUAUUUCUGGCUGGUGGCUACAUCUCUCGGACAGAUCCCCAUCGAAAUUCUUGCCUGGUCCGGAAUGUCUGCCGAUGCUGUCAAAUCUCAGCUGCUUGUCAAACCUGAGGGCCAGACCCAAUCGUACAGUACAUCCACUUUCAUUCAGUUGUCUGCUGGGAAGGACUUUAACACUUCUUUUAACAUAACGCUUCCACCAAAGAGUAUUUUGGUGGAAGGUGACAUCAUUGGAUCAACAAUGAACAACAUCGACAACCUCCUACAAAUGCCUUACGGCUGCGGUGAACAAACACUUCUCAACUUGGUGCCCGAUGUCUUUCUUUUGAAAUAUCUCACUGAGUCUGGUAAAUUAACUGCUGAAUUUGAAGGAAAAGCUAUAGGGUUCAUAACAUCGGGCUAUCAACGUGAACUGACCUACCAACGACUCGAUGGAUCGUUCAGUGCAUUUGGCAACAGUGACAGGGCUGGCAGUGUUUGGCUUAGUUCCUUCGUCAUUAAAUGCUUCCACCAAGCAAAGAAAUACAUCCCCAUUGAAGACAGCAAAAUAGCAAACACGAUGAAUUGGAUUGUCGAACUGCAACAAGAUGACGGAACCUUCAAAGAACCACCAGAGGGAAGAGUUAUCCACACAGACAUGCAGGUGGAUUCUGAAAAACUUGCACUCACUAUUAAAAAAUCGACGUCCUUCCUGGAGUCUCAGUACUCAUUGUACUCUAGCGAUCCCUAUGCUCUGUCUAUUAUCGCGUACGCUUUUUUCAAAGCUGGAAGCCCCAAAUUAAGCGAUGUCUUAUCACUACUUGAUGCUUUAGCUAUUGUUGAAGGCGAAUUGAAAUAUUGGAAAAAAGAUGAGGAUGUUCAGAAAGAUGUUUCUGAAAAUGUUUGGUUCCGUCCUCCGUACUUGCAAGCGAAAUCAAGCAGCAUUGAGUUGGCUUCUUAUGUUUUGCUCGUUUACACCCAACAAAAAAAUCUUUCAAAAUCAAUGCCCGUUGCUAAAUGGCUCCUGCGUCAACGAAAUUCUCUAGGCGGAUUUUCAUCCACUCAGGAUACUGUGCUUGGCUUAGAAGCUUUAGCCUCUUUUGCAACGUUGAUCGCACCUUCAACAAGUUCAAAUGGAAUAACAAUCAGUUGCAAAGGUAAUACAAGUCCAAAUGCUUAUCUCUUUGACAAAAUCACUAAGGAAACCGCUCUAUUUUUACAAUCAUAUCAGCUACCAGAGGGCACGACUGCGGUUGAUAUCUCAGCAACAGGGGAAGGUGUUGCUCUCGUACAGUUGAAUGUUGAAUACAACGUCAUCAAAGAAAAUACGAACAAGUUCUUGAAUUUAGAGUUGUCUACAAACAGAGAUGAUAAAAAUCUUCAUCUGGAAAUUUCUGCCAAUUGGACUGGAGCAGAAGCAACUGGAAUGGUUUUAAUUGAAAUUAACAUUCUCACUGGAUACACGUUUAACAACGAGCUAGAUCUCAGAAAACAAAUAGGCGAAAAUUUGAAAAAAAUUGAGAAAAGUGUCAAUAAAGUUGUACUUUAUUUAGAUCAGCUCACCUCUGAUAAUUUGAUGUUCAACAUUCUUUUGGAAGAGUCUCUAGCGGUGGCUAACGUCAAACCGGCUUUGGUCAAAAUUUAUCGCUAUUACGAAACCGGCUCAGCUGUCACUGGAUUUUAUUCACCUUCAAGCGGCAAAACAUGGGAAGGCGCCUGUCCAAACUGCUGUCAUAGGUGUAUUGCUCCUUUAUGGGGUUGUAUAUUUGAGCUGGCUUUCCUGCGGGACAUGACUAGUACUGGUGGGGCGAUCGAUUUUGAGUGA